AUGUUGCCGCUCCUUAUGCUAGAGGAGCCUAAUAGUCAGAAAUGCAUCAUCGAUGGUGUUAAAAACAUAAGUUAUUGUGAACACAUAGAGUUAUUUUGCAAUCCAAAUUACUUUCGCUAUGCGCAACUGUACUAUUGCUCCAAAUUUUAUCCAUCAACCACACUAACAAUUUUGAUAUCCACUGGAUUGGUUAUCCUAAUAGGUAUCCUUACAAAGAUACUAAGCACAAUAAUAUCUAAUUAUCUUGUGUUUUGUGUUGUGAACUUUUCGGAAAUGAUAGGCUCUAAUAAUAAUACACUUGGCCUUAUAAUCCUCCCGUUAACCAAUUCUUUGCCAGAUUUAAUCAACUUUUACACUGCAAUGAAGAGUGAUUCAACCGAUCUUGUUUUAGGUCAAAUAGUCGGCGCAAGCUUAAUCAACUUUACACUAAUCAUUGGUUUAAUCUGUUGGCUAUAUCCAUUUCGAACUGACAAUCGCACUAGGGAUUACACUACAUUUUUAUGGGAUCUUGGAGUAUUUAGCUUCCUGAUUAUCAUUCUAGAGGAUGGCAAAGUGACUAUGAAGGAAUGCAUCGGCUUGACGAUUUUUUUCAUUUGCUAUAUGGUUUGGUCUCACAAAGAAGAUGUCGCGCAGGAGGAUGAUCUCUCUGCUAUAGAAAAUGCUAUCGCAGAUACGACCAUAUUCCCAAUCUCUCUGUCUACAAACUUGCUAGAGCAAGGAAAUGAUAAUAUUAUGGAUAGCGCAUCAUUGAAGAGCGUUGUGGAACAGGAAGAAAAGUUUGAUGUCUGGGAAGUGAUUAAUAUCCUUUUUGACCAUGCGAUUUUCCUAUUCAUCCCUAUAUCAGAAACAAUCAUCGUCAGUAACCAUAUGAGUUAUAUCAAGAGGUUGAUUCACCGUACGUUCUUGUUCCGGUUUUGGCUAACGGGUGUUACAACAUCCUUGAUAUACUUCUGGUUUAACGGAACCAUAACUCUAUGGAUUGCACCGUUAUUAUUUUUUGCAUUCUGUUUCGAAGAAGUGCUCCGCUGUUCUUGCAGUGGUACAGUCAUAUGUCUAAUACUAGAUGUGAUAUGCGUGUUGAAUUCAUUCUUGAUCAUAUCAAAUUUAACCAAAAUUGCUCUUCAAAUCUUGAAGAAUUUGGCGAUCAUAUGGAAUGUGUCUGAAUAUUCUAUGGGAUUGUUUGUUUUUUCCGUGGUGAACUCAAUCAAUGACAUUGUAAUGAAUGUUCUGAUGUCCCAAAAUGUUCAACCCUCAUUGGGUGUCAAAUCAUCGUUGGGUACUUGUAUAUUGAUCUUUUCAAUCGGAAUUGGUUUCAAUGGGAUUUUAUGCAUGCUUCAAAACAAUAGGGAUGGAGUUCCAUUAUUAGAAAGGAGCUUGAAGUUUACGCUUGAUCAUGAAAUUUAUGCAAGCGCCACAAUGUUGAUGGUGAUGCUAGGGAUUUAUCUAAUUUAUAUCCCAGCUAACAAUUGGAGAUUUGAUCGACGCAUUGGUGCGUUCGCAAUGGUAUUUUGGUUUAUAACAAACGGUCUUUGUUUAGUUAUUGAAAUGAAGUCAAAGACUUCUUAG